AGCCUUCGCCUGCCCUGGAAAGAGGAAGAGAAACGCAAGGGGGCGCGGACAGCAAAAGGAACCAUCGCGAGAGGCCGGGGAACUUAAGCGGAGCGGAGGAGAGGAGAGGAGAGGAGAGGAGAGGCUCGGGGUCCGGCGAUGGAGCGGUACCAUCCCUCCGAGGUGUACGAGCUCUUCGUGCGCCACAUGAACAACCCGAGGGUGGUGGUGGACAGCGGGGUGUGCGCGACGGCGACGCUGGUGCAGGUGCACAGCGCGCGGAAGCACGGCGUGCUGCUGGAGGCGGUGGCCGCGCUGUCCGACCACGGCGUCUGCGUCCGCAAGGGCUACAUCUCCUCCGACGACGGCCGCUGGUUCAUGGAUGUCUUCCACGUCACCGACGCUGCGGGCCGCAAGGUGGCCGACGCCGAUGCGCUGCUGGCCCGCCUCGAGUCCUCGCUGCUCUCCGCCGACGCAUUGUCGCCGCGCCCGACGCCCACCGCCGGGGCGGCGGGGGCGCUCACCCUGCUCGAGCUCGUCGGCGCCGACCGCCCGGGCCUCCUCUCCGAGGUGUUCGCCGUGCUGCACGACCUCCGCUGCGGCAUCGUCGACGCCAGGGCGUGGACGCACGGUGGCCGCGUCGCCGCGCUCGUGUUCGUCCGCGACGACAAGACGGGCGCGCCAAUCGACGACGUGGCCCGGAUCAUGCGCAUCGAGUCCAGGCUCAGGCACGUCCUCCGCGGCGGCGCCCGCGGCGCGAGGACUGUCCUCGCCGACGCCGCGGCCGUCAACCUGGACCGGAGGCUCCACCAGCUGCUCAACGAGGACGGGGAGGAUGAGAGCCGCGCCCAGGAGGCGGAGGCGCCCACGACGACGGCGGUCGCGGUGCAGGAUUGGGGGGAGAGGGGGUACUCGGUGGUGACGGUGAGCUGCCGCGACCGGCCCAAGCUGCUGUUCGAUGUCGUCUGCACCUUGACGGACUUGGAUUAUGUGGUGUACCACGGCACGUUCGACACAGACGGCGAUCACGCGCAACAGGAGUUUUACAUCAGGCGGUUGGACGGGCGGCCAAUCAGCUCGGCGGGCGAGAGGCGGCGCGUGAUCCAAUGCUUGCAAGCGGCCAUCGAGAGGCGCAAAUCCGAGCAGGGCGUGAGGCUGGAGCUGCGCAUCACCGACCGGCGCGGGCUGCUCGCCUACGUGACGCGCGUGUUCCGGGAGAACGGCCUCUCGGUCACGCACACCGAGAUCAGCACCAGGGGCGACAUGGCCAUGAACGUGUUCCACGUCACCGACGUGGCUGGCCGCCCCGCGGACCCCAAGACCAUCGACGAGGUGAUCCAGAGAAUCGGCACGGAGAGCCUCCGGGUGGACGAGGAGCGGUGGCCGCGCCUGUGCUCGACGGAGGGCGACGCCGGCCGAGGAGGCGCCGCCGGGCUGUUCUCGCUGGGGAGCCUCGUGAGGAAGAACCUGUUCAACCUCGGCCUCGUAAGAUCCUGCUCGUGAGGACAGUGUCCACGUGUGCCCGAUGGGAUCCUUGUGUAAAUAUGGGAUGGUGCAAGGGCUAGUUUGUAAAUCGAGUAGGCGUUUUUAAUUACCGUUUCUAGGUUCAGCUGCCACGUGCACAAAGUAGUAGUAGAAAUGAAAUGCUUUAGAAGUUGUUGGUCGGCAACAGCUUUAGGACUUCCUUACAGCUGGCGGGUCAGGUAUCCAUCUCCCUUUUACAUGAAAAUUGACAGUUGGGUGCAUAUAAUAAGAUACUCGUAGCUAUGUAGAGUUGUACUUGUACAUAAUAUGGACCUUGUGAUAUAACUUAAUGUUUGACUUACAUUUCA